AUGGCUUUGUGCAAAAUCAGUACCACAUUUGGAUGUUCUACCUCAAUAAACUGCACUUCUGCUGAUGAUAACGAUGACGAUGAAGAUGUUGAUGAAGAUGAAGAUGAUGACGAUGAUGAAGAUGAUGAUGACGAUGAUGAUGAAGAUGAUGAUGAAGAUGAUGAUGAAGAUGAAGAAGAUGAUGAAGAUGAUGUUGAAGAUGAUGAUGAUGAAGAUGAUGAAGAUGAUGAUGAGGAUGAUGAGGAAGCUGGUGAUGAAAAUGAUGAUGAAGAAGAUGAUGAAGAUGAUGAUAAAGAUAAAGAUGAUGAUGACGAUGAAGAUGUUGAUGGAGAUGAUGAUGAAGAUGAUGAUGAAGAUGAUGAUGAUGACAACGAAAAAGGAGAUGACGAUGAAGGUACUGAUACUGAUGGAAUACACUCAACAACAUCCUUCCUAUUUUCAAUUUUCUCAAACAAGCGAGCUGGAUGCAGUAUGAUUCCACGGUUGUUGAGAUAG